AUGAGUACAGAUUUUGAGCGUAUCUACUUAAACCAAUCCAGAUCUAACGGAAGGUUUCGUAUCGCAGAUUCUGGGUUAGGCUGGAAGAUUUCGAGCAGUGGGGGAUCAGCUGCAGGGCAACAAAAGGCGCCAUUACUACUUCCAGCAACUGAGCUAGCUUCAGUUCAAUGGAGUAGAGGAUGCAGAGGUCAUGAGCUUAAAAUAAAUACGAAAAACCAAGGAGUUGUGCAACUGGAUGGGUUCUCGCAAGAAGAUUUCAAUUUGAUUAAGAAUGACUUUAAGAGAAGGUUCAAUGUCCAAGUUGAACAGCGCGAGCACUCUUUACGUGGUUGGAACUGGGGAAAAGCUGAUAUGGCGCGUAAUGAGAUGAUAUUUGCUUACAAUGGAAAGCCCACCUUUGAAAUUCCAUACUCACAUAUCAGCAAUACAAACUUGACCGCCAAGACCGAGGUGGCCAUUGAAUUUGACCUCACUAAGGAAGAUUACAAUCCAGCUGGUGACGAGCUUGUGGAAAUGAGAUUCCACGUUCCAGGAACGAUACAGGAUGAAAACGACAACGAGGGCCAGGAUACAAAACAACCAAAAGCCGAAGGAGAAGAAGAUGUGAAUAUGGAAAAAGAGCUCAAACCUGCUGCGGAGUCAUUUUACGAGGAGCUGAGAGAAAAGGCGGAUAUUGGCGAAGUUUCAGGCGACGCUAUCGUGUCGUUCCAAGACGUUUUCUUCACGACACCAAGAGGUCGUUACGAUAUUGACAUUUACAAGAACUCUAUAAGGCUCAGAGGUAAGACCUACGAGUACAAAUUGCAACACCGUCAAAUCCAAAGAAUAUUCUCUUUGCCUAAAGCUGACGAUAUUCAUCAUUUGAUGGUACUCUCUAUCGAACCGCCCUUGCGUCAAGGUCAAACAUCUUACCCAUUUUUGGUUAUGCAAUUUCAAAAAACUGAGGAGACAGAGGUUCAAUUGAAUGUUGAAGAUCAAGAGUUCGAGGAACUAUACAAGGAAAAGCUCCUGAAACAGUAUGACGCUCAAACGCAUAUCGUGUUAAGUCAUGUAUUGAAAGGUUUAACAGGGCGUAGAGUGAUUGUUCCGGGCCAAUAUAAGUCCAAGCAUGAUCAAUGUGCUGUAUCUUGCUCCUUUAAAGCAAAUGAAGGUCAUCUGUACCCACUGGACAGCGCUUUUCUCUUUUUGACGAAGCCAACCCUGUACAUGCCCUUCAGCGAUGUGAGCAUGGUAAAUAUUUCAAGAGCCGGUAAAAGCACCACGUCGGCUCGGACUUUCGAUCUAGAAAUCAUUAUGCGGGCCAAUAAUGGUACAACCACAUUCGCAAAUAUUUCAAAGGAAGAGCAGCAACUUUUGGAGCAUUUCCUCAAGUCCAAAAAUUUAAGAGUUAAGAACGAAGAAAAAGAGGCUCAACAGAGACUAGAAAGUGCCCUGGGUUCUGACAGUGGUGAUGAAGAUGUAAAUAUGGGAUCCGCUGGUGAGGAUGACGAAUCGGUUGACGAAGAUUUCGCGGCCAGUUCUGAAGACGAUGACGUAGCAGAAGAAUUCGACUCAGAUGCCCCAGCUAGCGACAGCGAUGCAGAUGAUGCAGACGCAGACAGGCCUAGCAAGAAACCAAAGGUCGAAUGA